AUGGUGGUCCUGGUCACCUUCCCUGUUUGGCUGCUUCUGGGUCCCUUGCUUUGCCUUGCGCUUUGCCUGCGUUGGGCGCGGCGUCGUUCCCGGCCGAAGGACAAUGCAAGGGAUCGAAGCGACUUGGAGUGGGAGCUCAAAAUCGAGCUCCCCACGGAGAGCCCAGACUGCCUGCUCGGCGUGCCCAAGGAGAGUCACGCAAAGGAGCCCUUGGCACUGCCGCGGGCACCACUGGAACACAAGUUCGGUGCACCCAGGUCAGAACUCUACAAGAUCGAGUACUACCCCAUCGAUGAGGAUACCUCUUCAUUAAUACAGGCAGCCAUCCGAGACGAGUCACAGCACCAGAAACUGGAGGAGAAGCUCCAGCAGCUGUCCCUCCUCUGCCGCCACUUUCCUGCCUCCGGCUGGGUCCAACCCCAGGAUCCCCGCGUGCUGCUGAGGUUCUUGCUGGCCCGCCAGUGCAGCGUGGAGCGGUCCCUGAGCAUGCUCCAGGACGUGCUAUCCUGGCGGCGGCAGCACGGUGUAGCAGACGCUCUCCCUCACUGGGAGAAGGUGAGGCACGAGAGGUUCGAUUCCUACUGGAAGGCCUCCGGUUGCACUGGGGUGGACCGCGAAGGAGAUAUGGUGGUCUUCGAGAGGAUUGGGCAGUACGACGUGCCUGGGCUGCUGGCUUGCAACCAGGAGUUCAUCCAGAAGCACUGCAUCUACAGCGCGGAGUGUGUCUUCGCCAGCCUUGAACUUACCCGGAGGCGCCAUCUUCAGCAAGGCAGCAGCCGUGGCUUUCAGCUGACCGUGGUCGCAGACAUGGCGGGCCUCAACUUCUCCUUCCUGGACCCAAGAGCCCUUAAGAUGUGCCAGGCGGUGGCCAGGGUUGAGGCCGACCACUUCCCAGAAGUCUUAAAGCGCAUCAUCGUGGUGCGCGCACCCUGGAUCUUCUCUGCAGUUUGGCGGCUCUGCCGUCCAUUCUUGGAUAAGGGCUCGCUCGAAAAAGUGGAUGUCGUAAAAGACAGUGAGACCACCGAAGCCAUUCUGAGACACGUUCCUCCGGAGAAUGUGCCCAAAGCACUUGGUGGCAAGUUGCUGUCUGCUGAUUCAGAUGACUAUUGCCGCGACCUAGUUUCUCCUGGUGGCAAGAUCCCAGAUGAUGUUAUUGCAAUGACUUGGGAAUGA